AUGCAGCGACAUUUGAAGCUCCUCCAGAAGCACGGGGAAGACGUGCAUAUCGUCGACGAGGCCAGGCCUUUCCGAUUCGGGGGAGGACCCAGGAUUAUGCCAUCAUAUGCGGUGAUUAUGCCGUUACACCUGGCGGGAGCUUCUAAGACAGCACGGGUGAGAGUGAGUGUCGUCGACCAGGAAGUCCCAUUGUUGCUCAGCAAGUCGACUCUGAAGGGCUUAGGGAUGGUCAUGGACUUGGAAAAGGGUAAGAUCCUGUUUCGAGAGAUGAAAGCGGAAGUUCCACUCAGGGAGACGAAAGCUGGGCUCUGCGGCUUCCAGAUCAACACAAGGCCUUCCAGAACCAGGUGGGAAGUCCCUCCACGACAACUGGUAGAGGAUGACCACGAGAUCGUCAUAGGUGAAGCGGGCAGUGAUCAGGUAUGCAUGGCGGACAAUCCGGUGCAGAACGACGGGCUUCACGACAAGGUUCGAGCCACAUAUCAGAAUGUUCAACGGUGUGAAGAUGAAGCCCGCAAACUUUAUCAUGCCCAAGACUAUUCCUUUGAAGCCAUAACACGAUUGGUCAGGAUGCUCCCUUUCCACACCUCGAAGCGGCAUCGCGCCAUCAACGGCGGCAAAGGCAAGGGAUAUGAAGCUUGGGUUGCCGGGAUCUACAGUCACGGUGCAUGGACCGGGGUGACUAAGAGAACAUUGCGGUAUCCGAAUGUUGUUCGCUAUGUGAACAUGUUCAUGAGAUCGCAUACAGAUGGAGAGUGGUCAUCUUUCACCUUGAUGAAGAAUGUUUCGACUGAAGUUCAUGUGGAUCGUCACAAUGAUAAGCAGGCCCUCGCCACGACGGUCACCUUCGGUGAUUUUGAAGGAGGCCAGCUGUGGGUUGCAGAUGAAGAGGUUAGCGACUCCGAGUGCACGUGGAAGCAGGGGAAUCAGGGUGAAUGGAUACGUGGCCGGCUUUGUGACACUUAUCGUCGACCACUUCAGUUUGAUCCUCAUGUUCCGCAUGCAACCCACGAUUGGAAGGGCGAGAGGUGGUGUUUGUCGUGUUACUCAGUGCGAACGGCGGCCCAGGUCGAUGACCAGAUGAGAAAAGCAAUGAAGAAGAUGAAGUUUCCUCUUGCGAGGAAAGAAGUGACCAGGACCUUUGGGAAGCAGCAGGGUCACACAUACAUGUCAUCAAAUCACCCAGAGCCGCUUAAAGAUGCUGAUGAUGUGGAUGUGUGUGAUGAGCUCAAUGCAACUCCGCAGCUGAAGCUUUCAAGAUCGACAAGUCCGGGGAUUGAGUACUCUGUGAGGGCCGAGUGCGGGAAGGAGGACUAUGUCAUCGCAGUGUCCGGCCGGUGCAAGGUGAAGCCGGAAGAACUGAGGGCUCACACCCUCGAUCGGCUGAAGGAAUUGUGGGCGGUGGUCAAGCCGCCCCGGAAGGGAUCAUGCCUCCCAGCAGGGUGGCGCAAGAUGGACCUCGAAACUCUCAAGGAGGUCUACGCGAGCCAUGUCGUGGAAGACGUGGGUCGAGACCACGACAAUCACUGGGGCCGCUGGUCCCGGAGCCAGCUCAUCAUGGAGCUCGAAAUGUGGGCGGUGGAGGCCAAUGCUGCUUUGAAUCUCGAUCGGGACCUCGAGAUGGCAGAUCCGGGUCCCCUCUGCACCGUGUGCGGGAUACCGAUGGUGCAACGCAACAAUCGUCUGACUCACGAGCCCUUUUGGGGAUGCAGGCGAUUCCCAGCAUGUCGCACCACGUUGCCGUACACCUACGACAAUCGCCCGACCAAGGAGGUGCAGAAGGAGUUGAGGGCGGCUGCGAUGGUCAAGAUCAAGGAGGAGAAGAACUUCCUGCCGAAGGAGAGGCCCAAGAAUCGCCGGAGCCCACCACAGGGGGGCGCGACGGCUUCGUCCGAUCACUCUUGGCACAAAACGGGCCCAGUGGACAUCGAGUCUUCCGACAACGACGAGCCCAACCAGUUGGUGAACACGAAUCUCACGGAGGAGGAAGUGGAGCUCGUGAUGGAGAUGCGGAAGAAGAAGGCCGGCAAUGUGAAGGGCAAGGGACAUGGAAACAGUUCCGACGAGAAGUGCGUUGAGCGGAGGCGUCGGUUGAAGAAAGGCGUGGCUAAGAGGCUCCUUGGAAACGCUCGGGCCAUAGUGGCUGGGGUAUUCAUCGCAACCGCUGCCCUGGCCGGUGCAGCGGCGGAGGCGGUACCAUAUGCUUCCCGGAUUCGGCCCGAUGUGGUUGAGGUCGGUACGACCGAGACUCAUUUCCAGCAAUCUUUCUCUCGUUGGGGUUGGCGGUCACAACGGUGUGAGCACUUAGCGGGUGACCUGGCCCAAGCGGACAACCGGGAAGCUGUGAUGAACUGGGUUGACCAGGUCUGUCCUCGGAUCCGUAGAAAGGUUCAUCAUGACGAGGAGGGCGUAUCUGAGCUCAGAUGGAAUGAGAAAAAUAUUCUGCGUGCUCUCAAGCAGUGGAAUGUCGUCUAUGCGCAAGGGGAUGAGAUGAGUGAUGAUGACGGUGAUGAAGAGAUGAUCCCCGAUCCGCAGGAGCCUAGAAGUGAACAGACGGAAGCGGCUGGGGAAGAACAGGCACGCGGAUCUCAGGAGCCUAAUCAGAGAGUGCGUCCGAAGCUUGCUUCGGGUGGGAUCACGUUUGAGGUUCCAGCUGGAAGGCGCCUCAGUGAGGCGAUACGCCACGGGCUGAUCAAAGCUCAUUGUAACUUGGGACACCCUAGCAAAGAAGACCUCGCGAGAUUCCUGAAGUUAGGUGGCGCACGUAAAGAGGUUGUCGAAGCUGUCAAUUGGAUGAAGUGUGUUACAUGUGCUCAUGCUAGGCGUCCCAGUACACACCGCACCACGAAUAUGCCCCCAUGCCAGCUGGAGUUUGGAGACGAGGUCCAGUUGGAUUGUUUGUGCAUCAGGGAUGCGAACAAGGAGAAUUUCUGGUUUCUGUCCAUUCUUGAUCGAGCCACGUCAUACCACGUUUUGGAAAUGUUGCGGGAUCAUUCUCCUUUAGAACUUCAUCGAGCUUUCGAUAGAGGCUGGAGUAAAUGGGCAGGUGUUCCUUCGCGUGUGACUACCGAUCUUGAAGGAGGCUUUAUCGGACCUGAUUUCUGGACGAAAGUCUCACAGUCCGGCAGCAGUCUCGUUUCGAUAGCUGGCACCGCGCAUUUCCAAGCCGGCAAGAUAGAACGGCACAAUUCCACCAUAAAGGACAUGCUGUUUGCCACUAUCAGGCAGACGGCUACUGUUGGUCGAGAAGACAUGCGGAAGCUUGCCAGGGAAGUUGCGUGUGCCAAGAAUUCUCUUGUGAGAGAGCAUGGCUGGGCGCCAGUCGCUUUGGUGUUCGGAAGGGAACCUCGAGUCUUCGGUGAGAUGUAUCAUCAGGGGAAUCCUACGGCAUAUCAUCCUUCGGUAGGAGAGGCCGGCAGUGAUGUUGCCAGCCGAAUGAGGUUUCGGUACCAUGCCAAGAUGGAGUUUGUUCGAAGCCAGGCGAGACAGAUGCUUCUCCGAACUGCCCACAAUAGGACUCGGAGGUUGCCAAUCCCGAAAAUAGGACAGAUGGUGUUCUUCUGGCGAGCUGAGAAGAGUAAGAAAGGUGACAGUCAGAGUAAGUGGGUUGGUCCGGGUUAUGUGGUUGGGCUUCAGGAUGGGAAUGCUUGGGUCGCGGUAGGCGGAAGGUGUUUUCUGGUGGCGGGAGAACAUCUUCGGGAAGCCGUUGGCGACGAAAAGCACUACGGGAAUCCUGAGGUUCAGAAGGAGGUUGCAGACGAACUCAUGACAGAUGAGAGAAGCCUGGACACCGAUGGUUUGAGUGACGAACAUGCCCAGAUGUCAGGACAGGUUGGAUGGCACGUUGAUAGCAGCGGUAGUCCGGUGUUGGUUUCAUACAAGGCUUGGGCGUUCAGGACUCCCGAGCCAAGGUAUCCAGGUGAGCGUUUUCCAUUUCGCACGUCAUGGGUUCAUGUGAAUGGCCAUUGGGAGUGUGUGGAGAAUGAAGUGAAAUGGAUGGAGCUCGAGGAUCAACAUCAGUUCAUUCCUCAGGCUCCUGUAGCUGGCCUGAUCACGAUCUUCCGAAACCGCACUCGAAAGGAUGUGGUUCUUGAUGACGUGCCACUGAGCGUCAAGCGAAGGAAACAGCAAUCCCCUCCUCAACAAGUGCAUGUCGCGAAUGCGGGUAGCCAGAGUAAGACGAAACUUAAGCGCAUGCUUGAGAAGGAGAUUCCGUAUGCCAACAUUCCUGAAAAAGAUCGAGAGCUGUACAGACAAGCAGAGGAGAAGGAAUGGAAAUCUUGGCAGGACUACGAGAGUUGCGAAAUAUUGAGUCUUGAAGAGAGUCAGCGCAUGGAGAAUGAGAGACCGGAUAGGAUCCUACCCAGCCGUUAUGUGUUUCGCAACAAGAAUGCCGGGUUGCUUGACGCUAACGGGAAAGAGUUACCUGUCAAAGCAAAGGCUCGGCUGUGCUUGCAAGGACAUUUGUGUCCAGACAGCCGGACAGGACAAGUCCAGGUUGACAGCCCCACCAUUGAGCGAGUAUCUACCAUGGUGUUCCUUCACAUGGUUACGAGCCUAGGCUGGACAGGUGAGUGGUUCAUCGGUGACAUCUCGAAUGCUUUUCUUCAGGGUCAAAUUCUUAAACUACUCAAACCCGUCUACGGCAGACCGGACGCUCCACGAGCCUGGUACAACGAGCUCGCCAGGAUCCUUGAAGAAGAGAUGGGGUUCAGUAAGUGCAAGACUGAUCCCGCGAUGUUUGCUCUGCGAGACCAGCAAGGAAAUCUUCAAGGAUUGAUGGUGGUGCACGUUGACGAUGUGAUGUUUUGCCAUAAUGGAAGCGAGGCUGGGAGGCAGGUUGAAAAGAAGUUGACGGAUCGUUUUCCUUUCGGGACCUGGAUGAAGGUGAGUGAACAGAAGAGUGGAGUGACGUACUGUGGUAAAGAGAUCAACGUCAUCGAGAAGGAUGGUGAAACGUGUGUCACAUUGGCUCAGAAUGCUUUCAUUGAUGGUCGCCUUCAGACAACGAAGAUUGAUCCGUCGCGACUUCGUGAGCCAGAUGCCCGGGCCAAUUCGACUGAGGUGACUGAUUACAGGUCAAUCACGGGAAGUCUGCAGUGGCUAGCAGUUCAGUCGAGGCCGGACAUUGCUUUCGAAUGCAACCAGCUCCAGAAGAGGAUAGCGGAUCUUCGAGUCUCCGAUCUGAUCAGAGCCAACAAGGCCGUUCGGGAAGUAUCACGACAUAGGACUGAAAUCCUCUUCAGGCCAUUGGGACAUGAUGCUGAACUUGUGACUUAUCAUGACGCGGGUCUCUACAGUAGCGUGGGCGUUGAGAUUGACGAGAAACAGAGUGAAGAUAUACUCCAGAGUCAUAUUGAGAAACGAUUGAUCUAUUCUCAAAAGGGUGCCUGUAUUGGUUUCGUGAAGAAAGGAGCCAUUGAGCAAGAGGGUAGAGUUCAUCUGAAUCUCAUCGACUGGAAGAGCGCUACCAAUCGUCGCGUCAUUGAGUCUUCGUUCGCUGCCGAGACCCAUGCUGCUAUCAUGGGACACAACAUGUCGCGAUUUGCCCAAGUCUUGUUGUGUGAAUUGAAGUAUGGGUCAAGGGUGAUGUCCGCUGUCGAAGAUGAUGGAUGGCAGCAACUGGUUCCGCUUACCAUGGUUACCGACUGUAAGAGUAUCUACGAUACUAUUCAUAAAGAUGGCCAACACGUCGGGGAGAAAGGAAAUAUAGUGCACGCCGUGCUGCUUCGCCAGCAGCAGUUUGAAGCGGUGCAUUCGCACAAGGGUCAUGACACGGAGACGGUUGGCGACGACGAACCCAGGGCAGAGACACCGGACUCCAACACACACCCGGACCGAGAGCUACCAGGGACCAACGAGACCUACCACAAGCCCAACGAGAUCCACCACAACAAGCCCAACGAGAUCCACCACAACAAGCCCGACGAGAUCCACCACAACAAGCCCGACGAGAUCCACCACAACAAGCCCGACGAGAUGUACCACAACAAGCCCGACGAGAUCUACCCGACGAGACCUACUGCAACAAGCCCGAUGAGAUCUACCUGCAAGGUCCCCGUGAAGACGCUGAGCCGUGGCAAGUUGCGCAGCCUCAUCCUGUCAGCAACCGAGGCAGGCAAGCGUCAAAAGCGGAUGUUGCAGCAGGCUGGUCGGGUCGGUGGCCACAAGAAGCUCAUCUGGGAGGUCUUUGCAGGGAAGCGCCUCACCGCGAAAGAGCAGUGA